CCGCCUAAAAUAUGUAAUAAUUAUGAAUAAUUGUACUUGAAACUGUUAUCAUUUAAGUGAUUGUGCUUAACCAUAACAUCCACAAUGACUAAAGUAUAGAAUGGUCUAUCAGAAAAAAAUAUACCUAGAAACUACUAAUGAAUAAAAAUUCGUCAUACUUAAUCUUUCAAAAACCGUUGAAACGUCGGUUAUUGAUAACAAGGCCGUCGGCCGGUAGUAGAGGCGUUUUCGAAUCAAGACCAGGAACGAGCCAACUUAGCACAUUAGAAAUUAACAAGCCAUAAGCUCGUCUGUCACAAAUCUGUCAGAUCCAUACAAGUUACUCAGUCAGAUUUUAUAUCCUUACAAUUUAUAUCGUUGGCAGGUAUAUCCUCGUAUUUAGAAGAUUUCACGUGGAUACGUUAUUAGUCAUUUCAAUUUUUAUCAAAAAGUUCUGUUGAAAAAAGUAAAAAUUCCCUAAACUUGUUGGGAACCAGUGCAACCGAACACUAAUAUAAUUAUUAGUGCUCCUUUUUUGUUGUAGUCAUCUCGUCCGUAGCUGUGCGUGCCCUUGCCUUGUUCGAGUUUUUUUUUUCGAAAACCUGACCCUCAGACAGACCCAGUCAGUCAUGAUUCAACCGUCGCCGCGUACGGACGCCUCCUCCGCUCCGACCGGUUUCUAGUCAUUCGUGUCUUUAUAAUUAUUCUCUACUAGUAAAAGUUAUAGGACUUUUGUAAAAAAUUGCGUGUUUCUUAUUAAAUAAUUAGUUCGUUUGUGUGUGUUUAUGAUUAAUGUUACUUUGAAGACUGACUUUAAUGAACGGAUUGGGUUUUCUUUGGGAUGCCGGUUUCCUGAAGAUGGCCUCUCGCACCCCGUCCCUUGAGUCGCUGCCCGGUGCUAACUCAAUAGGUUCGCUGGAGCGAGGCUCGCUGUCGCCCCUGACGCUGAGUGGAUCUUCGCCUCCCGCGAGCGACUCCGCCGUAUGCGACCUGCGGGACUUCGACGGACUUGACACAGUCUGCGCCAUCUGCCGAGAAACCUUCGUCGACCCAAAAGUACUCAACUGCUUCCACACAUUCUGCCGAGCGUGUCUAGAGAGAGAGCAGACACACCCGGACAAAGUAACGUGCGUGACGUGCCGCGUGGACAGCCAGCUGCCGACCGCGGGCGUGCCCGGCCUGCUCACCAACCUCGUGAUCGCCGCGGCCGUCGAGCAGGACGCCGACCUCCUGCCCUCCGCGCGCUCCUCCGCCUCGCCCUCCGCGCGCUGCACCGGCUGCAAGAGCAAGGAGUCCGACGCCGUCGCGCGCUGCGUCGACUGCGCCAACUUCCUCUGCCCCAACUGCGUCAUGGCACACCAAUUCAUGCACUGCUUCGAGGGCCACCGCGUCCUCGCCUUCACGGACCUCAAGGACGAGAAGGGCAUGCUCGGCGCACUCACGACGAGUGGGGACAAAACAGCAUUCUGCCCCCGACACAAAAACGACAUUCUGAAAUACUUCUGCCGAACUUGCUCCGUACCGGUAUGCAAAGAAUGCACGAUAAUCGAACACCCGGCAGCCCUCCACGACUGCGAGCACUUGUCGGACGCAGGUCCCAAACAAUUAGAGCUUAUGCAACAAGCCGUAAACGAAGCUAAGACCCGUGCCACGGAGAUUAGGCACGUCGUUAAGACGGUGGAGCACGCCGCCGGCAAACUACAAGUUCAGUAUCACAAAGCUCAGAAUGAAAUAAACGACACCUUCCAGUUUUACCGCUCUAUGCUAGAAGAACGUAAGCAGGAGUUGUUAAAAGAACUCGAAAGUGUGUUCUCAACAAAACAAAUUGCUCUAACCGUUGUCGGGCAAAAAGCUCAAGAGACCGUAGAUAAGAUUUACCAGACUUGCGAUUUCGUCGAACGACUAACUAAGUGUGCGAACAUCGCCGAGAUACUGAUGUUCAGGAAACUUUUAGAUACGAAAUUACAAUCCCUUAUGAGCUCCAACCCCGAGCAGAGCGUACAGACUGCAUGUGAGCUUGAAUUCGUCUCAAAUUACCAAGCUAUCCAAGUUGGCGUUCGAAACACCUUCGGCUAUGUACGGACUAGCUCCGAAGCAAAUGUUGGGCCAACUAAACAACCCCCUAUUGCUCGUCCAACAAAUGGCUCGCUAUUGAACGGAGGCUCAUCGUCCAGUAGUAGCAGCGUGAACGGUAGCUCUGGCAGCCUAAAUGGAGGAAUUCAUCUACCCACGGGAUUGAAUGGUGUAUUAGACCGCCCAUACUCAAACGGAUUCCUUGGACCCACCAGCCAAUCCACCUCACCGUUCGAGUCGAAUAUUAUUUCCAAGAGAUUCAACAACACCAACAGCCUUGGCCCUUUCUCGAUUGGAGACCUUAAUGGAUUAUCAAAUCCCUAUGAAAAAUGGUCUAACGGUGGAUGUGACUCACUGUUUCCCCCCGCGACCACGGACCCUUACUUGCUCACCAGCGCUUCACACGCCGACCCUAUGUUAGAUUUAACCAGCAAACUAAUUUCUACUGCCAUUUUCCCUCCGAAGUCGCAAAUCAAACGCCAAAAGAUGAUCUACCAUUGCAAAUUCGGUGAAUUCGGCGUAAUGGAAGGCCAAUUCACGGAACCGAGUGGAGUCGCUGUCAAUGCUCAAAACGACAUCAUAGUCGCCGACACGAACAACCAUCGCAUUCAGAUCUUUGACAAAGAAGGUCGUUUCAAGUUCCAAUUCGGUGAAUGUGGCAAACGUGAUGGCCAAUUACUGUACCCUAACCGAGUGGCCGUAGUUCGUACGUCGGGCGAUAUUAUCGUAACCGAAAGAUCGCCCACACACCAAAUACAGAUCUACAACCAAUACGGACAGUUCGUCCGCAAAUUCGGUGCUAACAUCCUGCAGCACCCACGAGGCGUUACUGUUGACAACAAGGGACGCAUAGUUGUAGUAGAAUGCAAAGUUAUGCGCGUCAUCAUCUUCGACCAGGUCGGCAAUGUACUUCAGAAAUUCGGAUGCUCCAAACACUUGGAGUUCCCCAACGGAGUAGUCGUGAAUGACAAACAAGAGAUCUUCAUCAGUGACAACCGAGCGCACUGUGUGAAAGUGUUCAACUACGAAGGUAUUUACUUACGCCAGAUCGGUGGAGAGGGAGUGACCAACUACCCGAUCGGAGUUGGCAUCAACGCCGCUGGCGAGAUACUGAUUGCGGACAACCACAACAAUUUCAACUUGACGAUAUUCACCCAGGACGGGCAGCUGGUGUCGGCUCUAGAGAGCAAGGUGAAGCACGCGCAGUGCUUCGACGUGGCGCUGAUGGAUGACGGGUCGGUGGUGCUGGCCAGCAAGGACUACCGGCUGUACAUCUACCGCUACGUGCAAGUGCCGCCAAUAGGCAUGUGAACCUCACGCAACGAUCACAGGAGAUCGGAAUGACCGAUGAACUAUAGACAAAAAUUCGACACCGUGAAACGCAGACCUCGCAUGUAAAAGGUCUGCCCGAGUGGUGUUAAUUUUUGAAGUGAAAGAACAAUUUUUGUACAUGAAAGUGUUACCGAUCGUGGCUGACUCUGUGUGAUCAAUUUGACAAACUGUGGGGAUUCUAUCCAUAUUUAUCGGCAUGAGAUCUCUGUAUGCAUUAUUCUUAACGAAACUGUAAUGAGAUUAGUUAUAGUAUUGACAUUGUUAUUCGAGUAUUUAAGGUUAAGAGAUUAUUCCGUUGGAUCGAUCUUAACAUGCGGACGGUGUUCUCGACCCUUAUCAUUUUUUUGAUCUAUUGAAUCAUAUUUUUUCAUAUCCCACAUCGUUACAUUAGGGAUGAAUAUUGAGGGCAUUUGUAUUAUUUAGCCCAUUUGUUGGACCAAUAUUUUAACUAUUAUUACUUAACAAAUUGUUAGGCGUUAAGCGUGUGAUUUUAUCGUAAUAAGAGAGCAUCGAGCGGUAUUGUUGUUAGUUGUAAGGAUUCUUCGGCACAAUAGCACUUCCUGUUUUUGAUUAGCACUUAUUCUGUGUCGAUGGUAAUUAUGAUUAUAUUAUAAAACUAAGUAAGAAGUUGUUACAUUAUUAUUAGGUAAGUGUUAAAUUGAUUGAGCUGAUAUGGACAAUCUUUAGUUACUACCCCUUUUGAUGUAGUUACAAAAUUAGGGAAAUGUGAUGUGUAGGGAUUUUUAUCAAUGACAAAGUUGACUGCGGCGUUCUUUGGACAGGUUUAAUUAUUUUCUUUCGGUAAAUGUUACUGAAGAAUUAUAUUAACCGUAUAUUAACCAAAUUGCAUUUAAAAUCAAAAAGCGGUGUAUAAUCAAAAAUGUUUUAUAGACCUCAAAAAGCUCUUUUUCUUACCUACUGCAAGGCCCACAGUCUUCGACAACUUGAGUAUUAUAAAGCAUUUUAGAUGAUCUUUAGCUAAUUUAUAUCGGUGAUUGUAGACUGUUUCUAUGAAUCCAUGGAAUAUGUAAGACAGAUUACUUAGUUGAUAGGUUUUUUUUUUAAUAUUUUGGCCCAAUUCAUAACCGCCUAGUCACUGAGUCUAGGGACCUAAUGAAAUUCCGCCAAUUCUGUUACGUUGAUUUUUACAAUUAUUUUUAGUAAAAUUUGGUUUUAAAAUGAUAUUGUUUUUGUUCAAACGUAGUACCUUGAUUUUUUUAAUAGUAAUUUGACUCGGUAGUAACUAGUAGAGCUAUAAGGGAGUGGUCGUUUCGCUAGUGGUUUUUUUAUAAUGAAGAAUUUUCUGAGAUUUAAAAAAGGAAGCGAAGUGUCUCAUAAUUUAGUACGUUCGCGAUAGCCUGUGUUUGCUACUUAUUGGGAGUAUUAUGUAGUUUGCUCGGUAUACAAAUAGUUAUGCAAUUAUUGUUAUUCUGGUAAGAUAUUUUUACAUGAAACAACUUUAUUUUUGUAAUAGUAGUAUUUAACGGUGCAUGUGUUUUUUUUUCGUAUUUUAUGAAUAUCAUGCUAUUUUUUACCUUUUACUCCAUUACCGUGUGUGCGUGUUUUAGCAGAAUUAUUUUAGUUUGAUUUUCAUUAGUUUGUUUUUUUAGUGAUUACGGUGUUUUUUUUUAGUAUUUUUUGCUGAAUCUAUGACAAUAAUAAGAUCUGUUGCUCUGCCAUAGAGCUGGUAACGUUAAUCUUAAUUUUGAUCUGGAUUAUUUUACGCUUUAGUUUGAGUAAAAAUUGGUGAUAUUUCCUAUUUUAUGUAAUUAUUUGCAUCAUUUACUAUUGAAGGCAUGUCCGGGGGGAGGGGGGGGGCGCUGCGUGUGCGCCACCUGGUGACGUGUGCCAUACAUCAUGUUGUGAUUUGAUUAGAGUGAUAUUUAGUAUUGUUUGUAAAUAUGUACCAUAAACUACCUUUUACGGAUUUAAUAUAGGCCUUUUAAUAUCUGACAUAAUUAACAACACUUCUACGCGUUCUCCUUGUGUUUGUAGAUUUGUGCGAAGUAGUACUUAAAUAUGCGCUUGUCUUUGUUUUAGAAUUCAAGUGCACUUUUUCACGACCCAUCUUUACUUGUACUAAUCUCGACAUGACUGAGAACCGUUGACAAAAGUCUUUUCUCCCGUGAACUUUUUUUGCAAUGCACAGUGUGUCCCGCUUUAGUCCCACCCUGAUAUGCCUUCGAUACAUUCAUAGUUCAGUAAUGUAUCUUUCGGAUGUAAUAUUCACUAGAUUAUGUGAAACGGAAUGAUUGACAACCACAUUAGCGUCAAAAUUUGUGAUCCUUCACCAAUGGUUAUUAUUAUUUUAGACUGUUAAACGUUCCUAUUAAUGUUUACCAUUUCUGGUGUCGUUGUCAAACUAAUUUCGUUUUGUAUAAUCUACUACUUUUUCAGAAUUUCAGAUCGAUCUUGGUCCAUACCUAAUUAUGGAAUAGUAAUACCUAGCCUUCGUAGAAUCGGCUUUACCUCAGUCUGUUUUUAUGAAAAUAGUGUCCAACACCUUCUGCUGAAUUUUCGAAUGCAUCGAUUGAAUGAAUUUCUUAUAUGAAACUAUCGACGUUUUUUUUACAAUUUAAUUUCAUUUGAACAAGCUGAGGUCAUGCUAGGAUCAAUUCUAGAUUGGUUUAAGACUUAAAUUUUAAUGCUUCAUUUGUAAACAAUUGCAGCAAAUUAUAAAAAUGGGUAUCUUAACUUAUUUUUUAUACAUUUGUUGUAGUUUUUACUUUCGAAUAUAUUUUGUAAAAACUAUACGCUUUUACUUAGUUGAGAUCGUUACAACGUAUUAUAUUUAUAUUUAGUAUAGUAUAAACUGAUAAUUGUAUCAAAAUUUAACAAUAAGAUUUUGCUGAUUAUGACAACUACAUAAAUUGAUAUUUUUCAUUAGUAAUGCAGUUAUUUUAAUUCUUAUGAUUUUAAAUUAUGACGGUAAUGAUUUUAAUUUUUUUAAAGAAAUAAUUUAAGUUAAUUAUUUUAUUCAUCUCAACGUUUGGUUCACAAGUAUUUUUGUGUUUUGCAUAAUAGUAAGAAAAAUUAUAAUUUUAAUUAUGAAAAAACAUUUCAUUCUCAUAAAUUGCAUUUCUAAAGCUCGAGGACUGAUUUGAAUUGAAACAUGUUUUGUCUUUAAAUAUAUUUUGUCGAUGUUUGUUGUUAUAAUUAUUAUAUUUUUUUAAUUAUUUGUAUAAACAAUUGUUCUUUAAAUUAAUGUACAUCGUUUUGUUUUGAAUUAUUUUUGUUGUAUAAUUGCUUUUUUAAUAAUACCAGUUCAUUGCAGUUUUAUUGUGUGUUUUAUUUUAUGUUUACUUUUUGCCCAUUAGCGCUUGAGUAGUUUUUUUUUGGGACUAUUUGGAAUAGUUUUCCUUGACCCGUUGCAUGUUUGUGCUUAGAAAUCUACCCAAUUGCAUUCAAUAGGACAGUAAAUACUUAUAUCACCGUUAAUAAAUAGGUCCCACAUAAAGAUUAGUUACCAUUCAACACAUAACUAUUAUAAAUCAGGUAAAUUCCACUGAUAUCUGCCUACUUUAUCACAUUAUUUUCAAGACUGUCUAUAAUAAAUUAAUGAUUUGAGCAUUAAUAGGUAGAAAAGCAUAAAAGGGUGUAGAUUUUUUGGCAUAAACUUCCAAAAAAUGGUGGUAGGUUUGUGUGUGUAAGUAUCUAUUUGAGUGUGUGUGUGUGCAUUUUGACUCAUCUAUGAAGAAGUUGGUGUUGGGAACAAAACUUGGCAUGAAAUUCGUAAGUAUUGCUUUAGAUCUAAGAUUUUCAUAGCUUUUAAUUUAUUAUGAGACACGCCAAAUAAAGUUUUUGUUCAAAUAAAAUGUUACCACUUGUACCUAUUAUAAUUAAACUCAAUUAUAUUGAUUUACUAUAAAACAUUGACGAAAUUUUCAUCAAAACGCCACUCAGUGAUUUAGGCGGCUAUAUGACAUACAUACCUGCUUACGUGGUUAACCUGAUUCAAAAGGAAUCGCAGAUCUUACGAAAUAAAUACAUAUUCUUAUGACAUUAGGCUAUAAACUUGAUAAUAAGUAAUUCGUAAUUAUGAUCCCAACGUUAGCUUUACUUUUUCUACGAUAUUAUAACCUACUCUAGCUAUACUUCCCUCGCCCUCAACCAGACCCACUUCCCAUGCCGGAUGCACAGCUUUUUAAAAUAAAACAUGAAAAAAACGCGCUAACCAAAAAACCACUAUUUCCAAGUCAAUUACUAUAGGGAACAUUUUACUAACUAACUUUAGUCACCUACUAGAAUUACGUAAGCACGAGCUAGGCUUACAAUAAUGUUUAUAAUUUUAUACUCAGCCGUUUUCUUAAGGUAACGUUAAGGUUUCACAAAUCAUUGCAUCUUCAUUCAGAAACACAAACCUGAAAAAGUUUAUGUUUUAUCAUAUUCUAAACAUAAAAAUCUAAUUUAAAGUACUUAUUGAUAUACUCAAUCAGAAAACUGAAGAAAAUCUGCUCAGUAACAAACAAAAUGUACCUCAAUAUGUCCAUAUUCUAGCUCAUUUGUCUCGCAUUCCGGGCUGCACAGGCAGCAUAACAAAACAUCGCGUACUAAAUAUUUUUGUAGGAAUGAAACAAAAAGUACGUCUACUUUGAUUUUAAAUGUAUCUAUAAUGUACUUUACCAUCGAUAUCUUUGAUUUUUUGACCCUUCAUGUCGCUGGGAAUUAUAAAUGUUAGUUUGCGGAUCACCAUUUUGUGUUUUAUAAUGAAUAACCCCCAGGAAGUGUAAAGUCGAUGCUGUAAAUACUAGUCUUACUGUUUGUAGUCGUAAUUAUUAUUAGGUGUAAGGGAUGCCGGGAUCAGGACAAGUGGACGGUGGAGAUGGCAACGUGUUUGUAGUGAAAGAAAGUGUGUAUUUUUUUAAUAAAAAUAAUAUGUAAAUUAACGUUAGGAACUGUUCUUAGAGUGUUAUGUAGCAAAGAAGAUGUGGCAUCAAAUGAAGCCAGUGAGUCGAUGCCCGCAAUUAGAAAACAAACGAAUUUGAUCGAAAGAUGUGAGUCAUAAGGGUCAACGCGAACCAUAUCGAUAGCAUAUGUAUGUAUACUCUAAUAAUACAUUGUUUGGAUUCGAUACUUUUGUGACGGUUAAUAAAUUCACCUGUUAAUGUAUCAUCAUGGUAGAAUAUUGUGUCAAUGUUAGCUUGUCAAAUUGUAUGUGGUUAACAGUUUGGUCAUUAUUAUAUUAUGUAGUGGAUCGUCGUUGAAUUUUAUAGAGCUUAACUCGUUGACUGACGAUCGGCCGGUGUUGAGGUUGAGAUGAAAAUGUAAUGGAAAACCUAUUGUUUUCUGUAUUUAAAACCAUCGGUAGUCAAAGGGUUAACUGUACGUUGAUAUAACAUUAACUCCAAAUUUAAGUGUGAAUAAUAUUAUUAAUGCUUGUAAUGUUUGUUUCUCGAAGUUCUAAUGUCGAAUAAUCAAUAUAGGUAUAUGCUAAAUGAUUUUCGUCUCUAAGUGAGAAUGAUUGCUCAGGAAUUGUAUUGAUUUUUUUACUGACUUAUUGUAUUUUGAUAAAAGUGAUAUUUUCGUCAUCGCUUUCAUAAAUAUUAUACAGAUAUGCGAUGUCAUUGUUAAAUUCCGUUAAUGCGCUAAUUGUAUUAUUGAGUGAAUCCGCACAGAACGUUGUUAUUUCACUUGAUUUUUGAGUCUUAAGAAGUUGUAUUAAAAGCUAGUAAUGAAUGAAAUUGAAAUGAAGAUUCGAUACGAAAUUCAAGCGUGUGAUGAAGGACUUGUUGACUUACCAAUAAACUAUGAAUCAAUUAAUCAUAUUCAUUAUUAAAAUGGAGUGCAUUUGGAUUUGCAACCAUCUAGUUUGCUGUAUUCUUCAAAAUCAACAGUAUUUUCAUCCACGUUUGGUGUAUUAAGUGAAGGUGAUCGAAACAAACUGCACACGACAGCACAAACGUUCCAUCCUCAGAGAGAUAAGCUUAAUGUUUGAAAACUGACGUUUGAAUUUAUGAGACAUUUUAUUGUAAAAUAUUUUACUAUCGCUUAAGUUAGUUGAGGCGUUUGCAAGUAUAAUAGUAUUUAUUUUCAUAUUAUUAACUAUGGAGGAUGAUUUUAAGUGGCAAAUUAAUGGGGUUGGAAAGGUAUGGAUUACGGACGUAAUCUAUGAUAGAGUGAAUUCUUAUAUCCAUCAUUAAGUAAUAUGAUUUUAAACGAUCGACUUUCAUUUAAAGAUUACUUGCCUGAUAAGUGUUAGUAGCUGCAGACAGUUUCUCGUUUAAAAAAUAAUAAUUUGUAACAUGUGUUAGGUAAAUCUUUUGUAAUAAUUGUAAAACGUAUGAACUUGAUUACAAUAUUUUUGUACACGGAAAGAUUCCAAAUAAGUGAUGGUGUAGUUAAUAAAAUAACAUAUCAAAAUGUUUCUUUUAAUUUAUAUUAGGGAGGGUUGCGUGCGCGGGUACGGUUAGUGAUAUUUGUUCUCGUAUAUGAAAUAAACAAUUUAAAUUGAUCGGAAGACAAUACAGUACUGAAUUCUGCUGUGGCAUGUUGAGGAAAUAAAAAGUUUAAUAGUGAAAUAUUUCGAUGGAAACGUGACAUAUCGUCCACAUAGUGGAGUCAUCGGCAACAUAGGGAAAUUAUCGUAGACACAAUUUGUUCUGUUUCUGACGAGAUCAGAUGUGAUAGCCUAGACAAUGGUCGUAUGUUACAAGAUACAUUUGGUUUACGAGUAGAGAUGCGCUCGGAGGGUUAAAUUUGGAAUCUUUCUCUAUGAAGCUAGUCGCUAAUGAAUCGCUUUUAGUAAGUAUUAAUGUUAAUAAAUGUAUGCACGUAAGUUUAAAUUUAGUUGUACGACGCUUAAAUUGUCCACACACAAAUUUUACACACUUAUUAAUGAAUGCCAUCCUGCCAGCGUUAAGGAAACCACAAUGCUUAUGAAAAAUAUUAUAUUAUAUCCUACAUAGCGUAUUGUGUAGUUUGUAUUUUUAGAUAUCGCAUUAUCUACUAUGUUUAAUACUUUAGUGUUUAAGAUAAAUACACCUUGAGCUUGUACAGCGUGAGUCUGUCAAUAUUUUUUACGAAUACCAAUGUAGUUUUAACGUCUAAACGAGUUCCAAUGAAAAAUGAGUUGCUUUCCUUAGCCGUAGUAGUAUUUAUUCAAUUUCUAAAGUAACGUAGAGUAAGUCACUAAAUUUUCUGAGAAAGUUCACGCGACAGCGCUUUUGCACCAGCAAAUGAAAUGUCUCACUGAAGGCGCUUCAGCUUGUUGUACUGACACCACGCACUCGCACUCUGUACAUAAAGGCCAGUCAUACACAUGACAAAGUAAAUGUUAAUCGGUAAUCUUAAUAAACUACUGGAACACCAUUUUGUGCCGUGGCCUUAAUCUUGAAGGAUUACAUAUAAACUUAUUUUGUAAAAGAUAACUCUCAUUUAAAUUUGUACAGACUAAGUAUCCUUCGUGACGAUUUCAAUUUGAAAACAUUAUCAUAAUUUAAAAUGUAAGUUUUAAAGUAAUGAUAUCUUUAAACCUUUAUCAUAUAUCUCCAUACUAAGUUAGAUGUUACAGUAGUUUUCCUACAUAGGUAUCGCUAUAUAAAUAUGUUCCAACCUAAUGUUGUUAGUUUCGAUACUUCAACUUAUGCAUAUCCCCAUUUUAACAUGUUUGAUACUUGUUACCUACUCAUUAUUUACUCUGAGACUGUUCAAAUUGUACUCUAUCGAGAUUCGCUAAGGGAAAGGGCUGUUUUAGCUGAUAUUUUUGAUACUUUGAGGGAUAUCGACGGGAAACGAGUAUGUGUUGUGCUCUCGACGGGUCCCACGCCCAGCGGGGGCGCCCCACGGGAGCGGAGGGCGUCCCACGGGACCGGUCAGGCACUUUACUUCUCACCUAUAUCUGAUAAGCGUGGUAUUUAAUGUUACUGUAACGAAUACAAUGUUGUUCUUGAAGGCGAAAGCGGUGUUCUUUCGUCGAUAACUUGUUGUUUUUCAUAUAUUCAUAAAUUUCCUUUAUUUUUUGUACUCUUUAGUAAUAAGAUUAAUAUUAAAUGAAAACUAUUCAAUGUUGAUUACUAAAACCAAUAAUAAUGUAUGUGUUAAGGAAGUUUAAUGUAGUUUCCCCGGGGAGCCUUACUAGUGAUGGAGCCUUUUCCUUAGACGGUUACUUUCUCCCUUUUAUUUCUCAUCUAGCGCUCAGAUGUUAGGGGAUGGUGAUGAUGAUAAUGAUGUCUUUACGGAAUGUAACAUCGUUUUAGAUGCAACCGAACAACCGAACGAUAUAACGUUAACAAAUAAAGAAGUCGCCUACACUCUCAAUAAUGAACCUAUGAAGUAUCCUUUAAAAUUACGGCAUAACCUUUCACAGUUUCACUUUAUCUCUCAGUACACGUUUUUAAACCUCACUGCGUUUUUGAAGAGUUGACUCUGGCCUAGCAUUUAUUUAAGGUAAUGUAAGGUUCAGUUAACGUUAAGGUUUCUUAAUUAGAUGGUAUGACUCAAUUUUAAGACUGAUCACAGAAAAUUAAAAAUUAAAAAAUAAAAAAAAAACUGGUAAAUUGUUUUUCAUCUGUUACUUAGGUAGAUACGAUGUCAGUUUGUGUUAUUAAUAAUGGCGCUGCCGACAAAUUGAGCAUUUAGGGAAAUUUAGGAUAAGGAUUAAUAGCCAAAGUGAAGAGAGGAAUAUAAUGGAAUGCAACGCCCAAUUUGUCGGACUCCGCGAGCGAUGUCAUUUUAUCGAUUCUCGACUUCUAUGGUCACUUAUCUGUCUCUAUCAGUAAUCAAAGACGAUUGGAAGAAAUAAAAAAAAUCGAUAACAUGGGAGGUUUCAUAAUAAGUAAUGUUAACUUGUGAUGUGACGUUACUGUUGUCAUUGAUGGAAAGCGAAAAAGAAAAUACUAUUUGUUGCCAAAGUGUUGUUAGGGAUUAACAUGUAGUUAUAAAAAUCGGUUGUCACAUGCAUAAUUAAGUUGUUCUUGGGUGGUUCGAGAUUAAGAAGAGAAGUUGAAAAAUAUUUCCAAUGAUAUAUUUUUUCAUAAUGAACUUGAAUGCUAAUCGAUACUUAAGGUUUAUAACUGUGUAGGAUCAUAAUCUUAAAUAACGUGUGGUAAAAAUAUGGUAGUCUAGAUUCCUUCUGCGCCUAGCUCGCCGAACUGUAGCGAGCGACCCAGGCAGAAAGAAAUCUAGCCACUGUCUUAGUUUAGUGUUCAUGUUUCAUUAGAUUGUACCUACUCGAUUUGAAUAAUUUCCGAACAAUCUUACACACUUGUUUUCUCCCUCAUAUGCACAGUCUUAGCCUUCGUUUUGCACUUAUGUUACAUAUGCACUACCAAUACUUUCUUUUAUGUUUUAAAUCCUUGUGUCAAUUCUAAUAAGCGUUAGUUUCUAGUUUAUUUAUGUCUAAUUUAUUGCGUAUUUAUUACGAAGCUAGUCAGUUGAAGUUUGAAUUAGGUUAGCUUCAAGCUCUGUAAGUUUCAUGGGCUAAGUUGGAACUUUGGUUCUUUAUCGCUAAAAUUUGUUUCGAAGCUUCUCGCUUCCUUCCCUCUAGUCACUGUUCUGGCAAAUUGUGUGCUCAUUCUCCUUACUAGACUAGUUAUUGUGUUUCUUAGAAUAAUUUCCCAAUCGACCUGAAUCCUUUAGCCAGUUCCAAUGUGCGACCUCUUCUUCUUACUUAUAAAAAUAUUUAACAUUGAAAUAUUACAUAUGUAGAAUCUGUGUUAGUUAAUGGUUGUCGAAAUAUUAUUACUGACGAUAUAUUAUAUUGUUUCAUUUGUAAAAUAUAUAUUUAUUAAAGUCCAUUUGCAGUUUCCUUAAAAUUUGAUGUUGAAAGUAGCUGACUUUAAUGUAAAACAGUAUAAGGAAGUUAAAUAUCGGCAUUUUGUUCGUGAAUAACCUAUAAAAGUUAAAAACUAUGUGUACGCAUCUUCCAUUGAAUUUAUGUCGUGAAUAAGUCGUCAUUUUGUUCUGUGUGCAUUUGUAUUUGUGAUUGUGCAUUUUAUUUAUUGAACUAAGUUUUUUGAGGUUUGCCAUUCAUUAUGUUUUGAGAUUUUUUUCUACUUUUGUAUAAAAUCUUCACAUUCCAAAAGUCAAGGGUUUUACUGUAAGAAUCUUAAUGACCUUUUGUUAUUGGUUACUUUGUUUAUGCGAAAUUAGUGUGUGGGUUGAACAGCAUAAUAUAUUAUAUCAAGUGGGUCCCCCCCCCGUCGUGGGGUCAUCAACCACAUUCAGAUACCUACUCGUACAUAGGUACUUGUUAUUCAGGUCCUAGUUAAGUUUAGAAUGUAAGAAUUGAUGAAUAAUAUCUGAUGAUAAUUUUACUUGUAUGUUGUAUUAAAAUGAUGAACACGAAAAUAAUGAAACUGGUUUGAAAA